GCACGGUGAUUUCCCGCAGUAACCUUUUCCUGCCUGUUGGUGCGUUUGCGCCUACUGUCUUGAACGAGAGGUGAAGAAGAGUUUACUUUACAGAGUUCAGGGUUUGGUUGCGGCGUUCGUGUGGAGUUAAGGGUUUUGUCGAGGCAGAAAGCCCAUUUCACGAAGCCGAGAUGCUGAACAUGUGGAAGGUCAGGGAGUUGGUUGACAAAGCAACCAACGUGGUGAUGAACUACUCGGAGGUGGAGUCCAAAGUCAGAGAGGCCACCAAUGACGACCCGUGGGGACCGUCGGGACAACUGAUGAGUGAAAUCUCCAGAGCCACCUUCAUGUAUGAGCAGUUCCCAGAGGUGAUGAAUAUGCUGUGGACCCGCAUGCUGAGGGACAACAAGAAGAACUGGCGGAGAGUCUACAAGUCCCUGCUGCUGCUGGCCCAUCUCAUCAGGAAUGGAUCAGAGAGGGUUGUUACCAGUACCAGAGAACACCUGUAUGACCUUAGAUCGUUAGAAAGCUACCACUUCGUAGAUGAGAAUGGGAAGGACCAAGGUGUGAAUGUGCGUCAGAAGGUAAAGGAGCUGGUGGAUUUUGCCCAGGAUGACGACAGGCUAAGGGAAGAACGGAAAAAGUCAAAGAAGAACCGAGACAAAUACAUCGGGGUGUCCUCAGACAGCAUGGGAUACCGAGGUUACUCGGGGGACAAGUACGACUCCAGCGACCGGGGAAAGUGGGAUGACGACUGGGAGAGGAAUAAAGGACAGUUCCCCUUCAGCGAGAAACUGGGGGAGAUCAGCGACAAAAUCGGCAGCACCAUCGACGACACCAUAAACAGAUUUAGGAAGAAUCAAAGGGACGACUCGCCAGAUCGAUUUAGUGACAACGAGGAGGACAGGGGCCGCUCGUCUCACAAUGGCCAGUCAGGAAAAGACUUCAAAGACGAAGAGGAGACUGUUACCACCAAGAGCGUACACAUCGUCCAAGCAACGGAGACUACAGCCACACGGAAGAGGGGGGUCCCGUCUAAGGUAGUGGACCUGGGAGCCGCAGCCCACUACGUGGGAGAUAAGAGCCCGAGUACUACCGCCAAACAGCCAGAUGCACCCCAGCCCUCCAGCACCACCCUCGCUGACCUAUUUAUGGUGGACUCCACACCGAGCCAGCCGGCUCCCGCAGACCUGAUCAGUGGAUUUGCUGACUUCUCCUCACCUGCUGCGGUCGGCAUCUCCUCCCCAUCGGCAGCACCUUCCUCCGGCAGCAACGGAGAGUUUGGAGACUGGAACGCCUUCCCCGGAGGUCAGAUACCAGUCUCUGCUCAGGCCGUUGACCCCAGCGGAACUGACCUCUUCGGAGCUAUGGCGACUCCGGCCGCCACCCCAGCUUCAGGCUCUGGUCCGGCCUCAGCAGACCUGUUUGACUUGAUGGGCCCGACCCAGUCCUUCAACUCCUCCCAGAGCCUCAACUUAAGCAUGAGCAGCACACAGAGCAUGAGCGCCACAGUGCUGCCCCAGUCUAGGUCCCAGCCGCUACCAAACAUGGGCGGUCCUCUUCAACCACAGUCUGUCCUGCCUAUGCAGCAGGGAAUGGCCUCUCAAGGGCCCGGAGCCAAAGCAGCCCUCCCUGCCACCUGGUCCGACCCCUCAGUCAACAUCAGCCUGGACUUCCUGGGCCCAGGCGCGCACCCACCCAAGCAAAGCCAGCCCACCCUCAACACCCUCCAGCACGGCAAUCAGACCCCGGCCAACAUGCUCUGCCCGGGAUUCUCCGGCAUGAGCAUCGGAAGCACAACAGUCAGAGCGCCUGUGAAUCCUAUGAUGCACCCUGCUGGCAUGGGAAUGGGCAUGGCAACCAACCAGGCCGUGAUGGGGAUGGGCAUGAACAUGGGGAUGCCACAAGGAGGUAUGGCCAUGGGGAUGCCCAGUGCUAUGGGGAUGAACCCCGCAAUGGUCCAACAGCCCAAACACGACGCCUUCGCUGACUUCGGCAACUUUGGAAAGUGACAGAACUGGAGAGAAAAGCUCCUGUGGGGUGUCUCUUCCCCCCCCCCCCCCUCCCCCGUCCAAUGGUAAAGGAUUGUUAUGAGCUGCAAACAAAGAGUACUUGAAUAAUGUCAACUAUCACAAUACCAAUACCAAGCAAUCUCCUCAUUAUUUUUAUUUUUUUUUAGAAAUGCUGUGUAGUGAUAUGGAUCUAAAUGAACGUGUUUGUGUGGUGUUUGAACCAAUGAUCUGUCUGGUCUUGGGUGGGAGUCAAGAGACACACACACACACACACACAGUGUGCCUUGUUGGUUACCUAAGUCACUGAGAUAAGGCAGAAUGUGCCAGAAUGUCAGGGGGAUUUGCUUUAUAACCUCAAUCAAGUAAAAUGACCAGAAUAGCAAAACAAAAUCAGUAGCUGCAUAAUUAUUUUUCAGAAACUUUACAAAAUGUUUUGUUUUGAAUAACAUGAUCAGCCAUUUUAACUUUCUAAUGUACAUUUACGAAUCUCAAGUUGCCUCUUUUUAUGUCACUGCUCUUCCUUUGACCUGUAAAUAGAAAUCUGGAGCCCUUACAAAUGACUUAUGAAGUUCCUUUAAGAGUGGCGGUGUGAGGAGUUGUAUCAUUAAUAUGAAUCCAAACCAUCACAAAGCACAUUGACACCUUGUCUUUGUAUAUAAGCGUCCACGUGCUCCACAUGUGGACUGUUGGUAAAGGAGUGUUUGGAUAGAAGGUUGGCAAUUUAAUGCGAGGACUUUCUCCUUGAGCAGACCCUCAUUUUUUCUUAUUGCUCUCUAUAUAUAUAUAUAUAUAUAUAUAUAUCUAUACAUUUUACUUAUGAAGACUAUUCUAAUCCGUUUGCAUCCAAAUGAGAUAAUCAGUAGGUAGAAAAAGCCUCAUACAGGGGCUGUGGGUUCUUAAUUUGAGAUCAGAGUGCCUGAAAGACUUUAGCCUUUUUUUUUCUUCAGUUAACCCCUUUCGAAGGGGGACAGUGUUCAGGACCGCAGGCAGAUCGCAGCUUCUGUACUGUGUACAAACAUCUGUGUUCGUACGAAAGCCUCGAGGCCACGUGCCCUUUGUACACAUGCAAUCACACGUCAUCGUUUUGUUCGUCUCAUGCACACUUUAGUGGUUCCAUUUCAUUCACGUCAGUGAGAACUUUAGAGCUCCAAGGAAAAAGUUAAAUGGGCGUCUCAGGUGUGCGGACAGUUACUGGGUUUCAGCCACCCACUCGUCCAUGUGUUAAACAUCCACCGGGAGAGGGGGGGGUCAGCUCGGCAAAAUGUCUGUUUAUGUUGCACAUCAGAAUAUCAAAAUGAUGCUUCACAAUCAUGAAGAUUUGCGAGAGCAAGCGCCUUUUCGCAGUCGGGCGCACGCAGCACGCGGCCCCUCGGCGGUUCAAGUGCCUGCCGGUGGUUUGCCUCCUGACCCUUGUAAUGAGUGAUGAAUAAAUCCCGGCUGCCUAACCUUUUUUUUUUUUUUUAGUACGUCAACGAUUAGAUAAAUAAUUCACUGACCAGAGAAGGCGGCGGAUCCUGCAGCCCCGAGAGCAUUGACGCUCUUCAAGCUUUGCCCCCCCCCCCAUCCAUCCCUCGCCACCCCCCCUCUUUUCCCCUGGGGCUCUCGAGGCCGAGCUCACUAACACGUUGUAGCCUUGCGUCGGAGUCUGAAGCAUUAAAAUGACCAAAAUCUGUUUGCUGUUUUUGUAUCAGUAGAGGUUGUUUUAUUCAUUUUGUACUUCCAAGUUGUCUUGAUCUUCUCUAAAAUGGGAUUGUUACUGAAACACUAGCGUGUGCAAAUGUUAGGAGAAUCCUUUGAGAAAAUGAAAUGUUUGCGUUGUUCCCAUUUUGAUUUGAUUUACACAUUGAUUCUUCAUCUACAACAUUAAACCGUUGAUUGAGACGUG